AUGUGGAUGAAGAUAUUCACCAAACGCGCUGGCACGAGCUCGAGCGGUCUGCCGUUCCACCGCGGGGAGGAGGCGCAGACGCAGGCGGACGCGGAGAAGGGCGAGGACGGCCGGAGUGGGGACGACACUAGUGGCACUGGCGAGCGGGGCAAGAGCGGAGUGCCGACGAAGCAGAUCAAGUUCGAGUCCAAUGCGGACGGCUGGCAUCGCAUCCUCAAGAGAGUGCUGCACAAGUUCACUUCAGCUUCUACUGGCACGCCUUCGGAUGGACUGGGCGGCGGUGACGGAAGCGAGUCCUCGGCGUCGAUUAUUGCCAACUUCCAUGCGGCGUCGAGGCAGCAGAACUCGGAGAAGAAUGGGGCGGACUGGGAGCUCGACGAGAUCAUCGUGGACAACGAGGACGAGGGCGCGGGCGCGGACCAUGAUUCCCAGCACAGGCCCCAUCUCACAGCCAACACCGGCUCCGAGAAGGGAACAGUUUCGCAGACCGGUUCUCUCAAGCGCAACUUUGACAGGCGGGAUAGCGGCAACUCCGAGUCCGGCUAUUCGAGCUGGGUCCGAGGACAUCUGUGGCCCUACGUCGUCACGUUCUUCAAUCCUCACUUCGAAGAGCCAUCCCGAGAACUCGACUACCAGAAGCAGGAAUGGUACACGAACAAGAGGCUCGCUUUUUAUGCGUCGCUCUAUCUCUACCUCAACAUGAUUCUGUAUCUCGUUCUCAUCCGACCACAUUCCCUUUACGGUUUCAUCGUCUACUACGGUGGCUUGGUCGCAGUUACUGUCGCCAUCCCCUUUAUGGUCGCAUUUGACUAUCCUGUCAAGCGACCAUGGCUUUUCCAAUGCUGCUUCAUCGUCGCCGUAUGGUACUGCGCCUUCGCCGACGUGAUCGAGAUCAAGCAGUGCGGGUUCUACGCUGACCAUCCUCGGUGCCAUGGAAAGGAUUUCCUAGAGAUGUCUUAUUAUGGCACUGGUCUCCCGACUAUCGCCUUGUUCAUCGCGUCUCGUAGGCUGUUCAACGCAGUUGCGCAGUUCUUGUACUUCUGCUUGGCUGUCGGGUUGGUCAUUCCGGACCAUGGCGCCUACACCCGCAAUGUCGUGAACUUCGCGAUCUUCUCAAUCUUCGUUCAAGGUAUCCACUAUAGCCUCGAGAUGAACUCGCGCCGUAUCUACAUCGUCAACAACCAACUCAAGAUCGCCUACCGCGCGCAGCAGAAAGCUCAGAUCGCCGAGUCCAAAGCGAGCCACGCCAAGAAACGCUUCGCGUCUUACAUCUUCCACGAGGUUCGCGUGCCGCUCAACACGGCUUGGCUAAGCUACGAGAACUUGAAGAGCGAGAACGCAUUCAGGGAUGAGGCGUUGAUUCAUCAGAAUGUCGAGUUGUACGCGCUCGAGGCGAGCUUGACCAUGAUGCAGCAGGUGCUGAAUGACGCGCUGGAUCUCGAGAAGAUGGACGCCGGUCGCUUCGAAUCCUCACCUCGACCGUUCCCCUUGCAUCGCGCCGUUCAGUCCGUUCUGGGGCCUAUCGAAGUCACUACGGCGUCCAAGGACCUCCGACUAGACAAAGAUCUCGACGAGCGCAUCGACCUCCUCGCGUCUCCCUUCGUCUCAACAGACGGGCUAUGGGUCGUGGGCGACGAAAUUCGCCUGCGUCAGGUGCUCACGAACCUUGCCUCAAACGCCGUCAAGUUCACACCUGAAGGAGGAGGGGCUAUCAAGGUCGUUACCAGGCUCGUCAGUCCGAACGUGGGAUCCAAUGGAGACGAUAAGUUCAUGUUGAGUAACGCGGGAAGCGGGAGCGGGAUUGGGACGAGUUCUCCUAAUACGCGGUUGAGCUCGGAUUUGGAGGGUGGAAUGGAGGGGAAGCCUAAGAGGGAGAGGAUCGUGUUUAGGCUGGAGGUGCACGACAGCGGACCUGGUGUGCGACCUUCGGAUCUAGUCGACGGACGUCUUUUCCAGCCCUUCGUUCAGACCAACGUCGGCAAGCUUAGCGGCAAGGGCAGUGGUUUGGGCCUUGCGAUCGUGAGACAGAUUGUCACGCUCAGCGGCGGUCGUCUGGGUGUACGGUCCCGCAAGGGUCAAGGCGCGAUCUUCUGGGUCGAGUUCUCCUACCCUAUCGCAAGUCAGGAAGAGAUUCAGGAGACUCUGCGCAGUCUAGCGCCCACGACGAUGCCACCGGUAACACUUGAGAAGCCCGUCAUUCCCAACGUCGUACCCGUCGGCACUGCUGUAAACCCACCAUUGGAGCCCGAACCCGAGAAGGCGCCCAACCACAAGUUCGUGUCGUUCGUAGGCACUGAUGCGCCGUAUCUCCCGCCGCAGAUGACAAUGAAGGAGGAUGCGAAGGCACGGAAGGAGCAGCGGGAUAAGGAUCAGCUGUCGCCGCACGACCCCAGGACGGGAUUGACGACGCCCCCUCCGAGCAACUCGAGCCUACAGGGCGUGCUCAAGAACGCCAACGCCCCUCCGCCCGCACCGUCCCCUUCGCCCGGCCCUCAGGUUCCCGCUCCCGCGCCUUCACCAGCGCCAUCACGCAUGUCGCAAAACCCUGACGCUAUGAAGGUCCUCGUCGUCGACGAUGACCCGAUGACGCGUACCCUCAUGACGCGCAUGCUCACGAAGUUGGGCUGCGUCGUCGAUACGGCUGAAGACGGACAACAAUGCUUGGACGCUAUGCUCGGCCCGGAAUCGCCCAAGUACGACCUAGUCAGCUUGGACAACUACAUGCCCGUCAUGACUGGAGAGGAGACCGUGCGUCGAUUGAGGAGUCUGGGCAGAGAUGACCUGGUCGUAGGGUGUACCGGCAACGCGUUAAGUGAGGAUCAGAGCGCGUAUAUUGAGGCGGGCGCGGAUAGGGUGUUGACGAAACCAAUUAUGCUCAAGGAUCUGAAGGCUGUGUUGGAAGUCGCGCGCAAGAGGCGGAAGUCGGCGGAGCAGGUCGACCAGGUCGCCACCGCUAAUGGGUCGGUACCAGAACCAAAGACCGGCCCUGAUCCUCCACCUCCGCCAAUCGACGUCAAGCAGCCAUAG